AUGGAGCAAGUUCUCUCCAGCCCUCAAGGGUGUUCCGAGUGGGAGGUGAGUGGGACGGGAGAGUGGGAAUCUGACCAGAAUCCCCUUGGAUUUUUCCUCAUGGAUAAAGAUAACAGUUCUGUUGGUGAUUCUACAGAGAAUAUUGUCAGGCAUCAAACGCCCCUGAGCUUUGAUAAUAUUUUUCAGGAGAAUGCCAUAAACUUAGAUGACUUAUUUUGGACCUCUCAUUAUUCCGGGCAGACCUAUAAAUGGCAAAAUGAUCUGGAAUGUGUCUGUCCUGAAUGGGAGACUCAGUCUUCUCAUCCCCAAGACCUCAAAGGUGAGGGAUGUCCUGGAAGUUCAGAUGUUGUUGCUGGGGAUCUCAUCAGUUUUAAUUCUUUGUCUACAAGUCCUACAUUCUCAAAAAGACCUGUGCAGACUCAAAAUAGCCUAUGUGACUCUCCUGAGCAGGUUUUCAUGGAACCCACAGAGGAUACUGCCACCAUAAACCCUUUAGAAAUACAUUCAGAUGGGCCAGACAUUGCCAACUUUGGCUUUCAGACAGAGAAAACAAUAUUGCAAGAAACCAACCUUGUGCUUGACGACACACCUUUAAGAAACUGUGAAUUUAGCCAUAAUUCCCAAGCGGAAUGGACAUUUGUGAAUGAGAGCAGUCAGAGCUCACUUCCACAUGGGACUAAUAUGACUUUGGGAUCUGAAGGCUUGUUGUCUGUCUCUCCAGUAGAGGUGUCAUUUACCGAUACACAUUCAAAUCCCAAGCCUUUAACACCAUGUCUGACACCAUCCAAACAAAGCUACCUCAAAUCCUCUGCACUCCCUCAUGAGCCCAUCCCUCUGGUGACAUGUGCCGAACCACUUGUCCCAUCAUAUCAUGAUGGCAGUGCACUCCUUCCAACGGAUGAGGUAGAGAUUUUGUUACCCAAGCUGUUUGCUGGAGGUCUGUACAGCUCUGAACAGGAGAGUAAUAAACCCUCGAGUAGUAACAAGACCCUUGACAAUGAUCCCCAGAGCCAGGAGAGAACAGACGCCAACAUAGAAACCAGUGAAGAAUCUAAACCACCUUCAUUUGGGUCAGAGACUGUUUGGGAGAGUCUUUUAGUACAGUCUUACAUAUCACCUGAACCUUUUGAGGAAAUUUUACCUGAUUCAUCUACAGAGUACACAUCUGACAUAACGUUGGAAAUGGUAGGUAAAGAGGUAAGGGAAGAGGCCAAGCAAAAUGCUGACAACAGUCUGUCUGAUGCUAAUACAGAACUCAAUUCAAUCACCCAUAUACAUUUACAAGUUGAAAGUCCUUUAACAGAAAGCCCACCUGAGAGUGAGGCACCAAUGGUGUCCAAAUCAGCCUUACUAGUCAGCACACCUGAACAUUAUGCCUUACUUGAGCUCUCAUCUGAGUUUGACACCUUGUCAUUGGUCCACAGUCAGGCUACACCCAAAACCAAUGUUGAAGCCUUGUCUGAGUUGAACCAUGACAAAAAUGGAGACCUUAUUCCUGACUUCAUGUUUGACAUUUUGACAAUUGACAGUGUCUCUUGCGGAGAUGUACCAUCUUCAGACUGUUUAUCUGUUGAAACGGACAACGCACAGCCGACAACAGAACAGGAUCAACAGUGUGAUCCAAACUCACCUGAUCUCAUAUCUGACACACUCACAAAUGAAUUUCAGAAUGAAAUAAUGACUCCAGAAAUAGACAACUCAGACGGUGGCCUCAAGGCAACAGAGAUACUGUGUGCAGACAACGCAACACAUAACAUUGAGGAGCCAAACACACUUUCACAUUUCCAAAAUCAGCAGGUUACCACUCUCAAGAGUGAGUCAGACAAAUUGCAAAAAAACAUUAAUUCACCGUUGCUUUGCAGUAGUGCUUUAAACUUAGAUAGCAGCAUAGCUGAUAACAAUCAAGAAUCAAAUACAAUUAUUGAAGUCUGUCAGGAACAAAUCACCAUUCAACAAAAUCCUCAGAGCGCACUUGCGGAAAAUCUUAUGCCUGUGGACCAACUGAAUGACAACUUGACUGCGAAAUCAAGUGCGCUUGUAAAAGAUACACCUGAAGAAAAUGUAACACCUCACCAUGACGGUCACAAUACACUGCUGAAUCUCGGGAAUAAACUUUACUGUGUGUCUUUACAAGAAGAGGAGAUAUCAGAUUGCAGAAUGUCAACUCAGAAUCAAGUAAUUCCUGAUUGUGCAAGUAAUCCUGAUUCUGUAGAGUCCACUCCCUUUACCUGUACAGGAGAUCAACUGACCAUGACGGGUGGACUUAUGGAGCGGGAUCAAGGAGAGACCAAAGAGACUUCUAGCCAAUUGAGUGAGGCUACAGUAGAGGGAGCCCUGCCUACACAUCAGGAGGAUAUCACACAUCAGGUGAUACUAUCACAGAUAGACCUGCCACAGGAACAAGUGAGUUCAGUGGCCCCCAGCUCUCCUUCACAUAGAAAUGUCUUUCCCUGUGGACCUAGUCUGGACAGAGAGGCCUACCUGACCUCAAUGGAGAAUAAUCCUGAUACUUCCAACAUUCCCAAACAUGCAGAAAUGAAUCUGGAUCUUUGCAAGGCCUCUGAUGCUCUGCCAAUCAAGUCACUCCAUGACCAGAGAGUCCCUGUGGAUUUGAUAAAUGUGCCUAUAGUUUCUUCAUCAGCCUGUAGAGAUGAGGAACAGUCAGCCCUCCGAGCAGUUUUCCAGGCUUUGGAUCAGGACAGAGAUGGAUUUGUCCAAAUAGAGGAAUUUAUAGACUUCGCAAGAGCAUAUGGAGCCGAACAGGUGAAGGAUCUGACACGGUUCUUGGAUCCCAGCGGUCUGGGUGUGAUCAGUUUUGAGGAUUUCCACAGAGGCAUCAGCGCAAUUAGCAGUGAAGGUUCUGAUCCAGAUAUUUACAAGACUCAGUUCAGUGCAGUGGAAGCCAAUGGACCUCCAGAGGAGUAUGAUGAGCAGGCGGAGGUCUCUGACAGUGCCUAUCUGGGGUCGGAGAGCGCUUACAGUGAGUGUGAAACGUUCACGGAUGAGGACACGACGGCUCUCGUUCAUCCAGAACUCCAUGAGGAUGUGGAGACAGACAGCGGCAUUGAAAACACACUUACAGAUGGAGAUGACCGCAACAGGUUCACCCUGGGCUCUGAUUUGAAUGGCCAUACCCUAGUGGCCGUGAUUGCAGGAGAGGAGGAGCACUUUGAGGAUUUUGGAGAGAGUAAAAACACGUCAGACCUGCCGCUGUUCCAUCAGGAGGAGGGGAGGAUGGCUCCAGAGGGGGAGGGAGAUGCAGAGCCACAACCACACUUGGACAGUCCACUGCCCCGCCCACUGAUGCUGCUGUCACCUAGCCCCAGCUCUUUUCCUGCUAGUUUUCAGAGUUUCCUUCAGUCUGAGGCGAUGGACUUUUUCUGCACUCACUGUCAUAAGCAAAUCAGUCGUCUGGAGGAUCUGUCCACUCGACUGCACUUACUAGAGAUGAAUAGUUCCAGUAAGAGACUGUCCAGUAAGAAAGCAGCAAGACAUUUGCAGCAGUCCAGCACUCUAGAUGUAAUGGGAGAUCUGACAAAUGAAAUUUUGGAUCUUGCGGAUCGGGACAUCACUGACAAGGUGUUACUGUUGGAGAAACGUGUGUGUGAGCUAGAGAAGGAUUCGUCGGAGAGCGAAGAGCAGCAUGCACGUUUGCGACAGGAGAAUCUUACGCUUGUCCAUCGUGCAAACGCUCUGGAGGAACAACUGAAAGAACAGGAGCUGCACGCAGAGGAGAACUUACUUGUACACACUCGUAAACACAGAGAUGCUCUGACCAAACUAGAGCGAGACAGAGAUGUGGAGAUCGAAAACCUUCAAGCCAGGUUACAACAGUUGGACGAGGAGAAUAGUGAGCUGAGGUCAUGUGUUCCCUGCCUGAGAGCCAACAUAGAGAGACUGGAGGAGGAAAAGAGGAAACUCCAGGAUGAGGUGGAGGAUGUCACUGAUCGAUUAAACGAAGAAAUCGAGUCCCGCACUAAAAUGUCAGAUAAACUGAGCCAUGAACGUCAUACCAACCAGAAAGAGAAGGAGUGUACUCAGGGGUUGAUCGAGGACUUGAGAAAGCAGCUGGAACACCUGCAGCUGUUUAAGCUGGAGACAGAAGCAAGAAGAGGCAGAUCGGCAAGCUCAGGUCUCCAGGAAUACAACACACACAUGAGAGAGAAUGAACUCGAUCAGGAGAUACGCCGACUCAAACAGGACAAUCGCAGUCUGAAGGAACAGAACGAUGAGUUGAAUGGUCAGAUUAUUAAUCUGAGUAUCCAGGGAGCAAAGAGUCUCUUUACCGAGUCUCUCUCCGAAUCCCUCGCCUCCGAGAUCAACAACGUCUCCCGCACCGAGUUGAUGGAGGCGGUCCAUAAACAGGAGGAGAUCAACUUCCGUCUGCAGGAUUAUAUCGACCGCAUCAUCGUCGCAAUCAUGGAAUGCAACCCCUCCAUCCUGGAGGUCAAAUAAUCGCUGUGAUUGAUGACCUCUAACAUGACCCUACCAUUCUAGGGUCAUUUAUAAACUGUAACAACUUCAGUGGGGAGGAGAAAGGCAUAUUCGAUAGACCUGGGAAGGAUGGGAAGAAUUCAUUCACUAUGUUGAUCAAACAUUGCUUUUACACAUAUAGAAAAUUCUGUAAUAUGUCAGAGCACUGUCUUGAUGUAUGAGUGUGUGAUUGGUCCUUUCUUUACUGCAAAAAAUAAUUUUCUUGAUCAGUAUUUUCAUCUUUCGUUGUUUAGUAACAAUAUCUAAAUGUCCUCAAAACAAAAUAGAUUAACCUGAAAAGCAAAAUUGCAAAAGCUAUUAAGCCUACAUAAAAUGUAUUUCUUGAAUUAGGUUUAUUUUUCUAACCCCAUUGGCAAAUUGUUUCAUCUUGUUUUAGGCAUAAAUCUAACAAAUUUUAGUGAGGUUUAUCUUCCAAAUAGGUCAGCAAAAUAAACAUAAUUUAAGAUUAAUAUGCCUUAUUAUCUCACACAAGAAGAUAUAUCUUUUUUUAAAGGACGCUUAAAUAUUUUUACUGCAAGACGUGACAAAAAUAGAUUAUUUCUUGCAGUGUUUUGGUUCCUGUGACUUCCCUAUGUUGGGGUUGAGGGACCUAUUUCCCCUGUUCAUGUGUGCAAAAUAAUGUGUGUUUACUCUGAAUGUCAGUGUGCAUAAUCUUUUAAUUCAUGCAAAAAACAUGCAUAUGCAGUAGUAUUAAGUUAAAUAUCAGUGUAAUUCUGGGUAAAACAGUCACACCUUUAGCCCAUUUGAGGGACAUUUGCUGGCCUGAGGGAUAAAGGUGUGUAUUUGUUGCAUUUGACUGUUGUUAUGAUAUAGCUCUUAAAAGAGUUUGAUGACCACAGGUUUGUUUUGCUGAAAUCAGCAUCUUAAAUGUUAGUUAUAUAGUUCUUGUUUUUCUUUUACAUUUUUUAUUUAUUAUGAUGCAAAGGAACAAAGAGACCAGCUUCGACAAAUCCUCAUGUAUGUGAGGGUGUUGAAGUGGUGCAUUGUGGGUAAUCUUGUCGGUCCUGUGCAAUUUCUUGCAGAGUUGCACAGCUGAAUAUCCAUCUGCCUCUUUGAUCCGGGAUUAUUUCAGGAAUACUUUGACAAAGAGAUGUAUUAACUUAGAAAUGUUCACUGGAGCAAACUAUGAAUUGCACUCUUGAUAUUUUUAGAGAAACUGUACUUUACUAUUUAAAAAAAACAGCAAGAACUGCAUAAAGUUAAAAUAAGGUGAAUCAAAAAGUGAAGCUGUUUUAAAGGAAGAUGAAAAAGAAGGUUAUUGCUGUGGAAAAGGGGACACUUUUAUUCUUCUGCAGCAUCAAGCACUGAAAGUAACUCAGACAAGAGAAAUGAGACUUUUCAACACUUCUAUCGUUCCUGUACUCAAUAUUAAUCUACAACAUUUGUAUCAUCCUGUCAUUGUUUUUCACCAUUUUUAUGGACCAUAAGAAAUGAGAUUGUUCAAUUUUGUCUUCCACAAGAGAAAUCUUUCACCAUUUGUUCCAGUGCUUCAUUAUGGACAGACAUUUCUCUCAUCAGGGAGAAGCCUGUUUGAUUUAAUAGAUUUUUCUGGGAGGAACGGCCAGUUUUCAGGAUUGAGAUUCCAGUGGAGAGAAUUUUUAUUUUAUUUUCAAUUAUAAAAGAUUGAAUGCUGUCCUCGGAUGAGACUUUUUGGAUUGUGCAAACACCGCGAUCUCUUUCUUUGUACAGCUUGUGCACGCUGCACAUUUUGUUUUCCUGUUCCCUUUAUUCUGACAAAAAUAUCUCAAUUUUGUUGCAUCGGAUUAGUUCAUAUGAGGGUUGUUUUUUCAAAGAGGAUGGUGGAAUACAUUUAAGGACAACUCCUCGGUCUUCAGCGUCAUUGACCAAAGAAGGAUCUAACCUUCUCGUCCAAGCGGUCCACUGCUGUUAUUGUCUAUAUGGCUGUUUUAGAGCUACUGUAACUAUUCAGAUGAACACACUGAAGUAUGGGAACAUUUCUGCCUAUAUGAACUUUGGGCUUGUAUGUGUCUUCAGCUGUCUCAUUUCUUAAUAUACUUACAGAGACAAUAAGGGAAGAACUGCAUUUAGUGCUAUUGAUCUGAUCUGUGUAAGGACACAAUCUCUCAUGUCAACACACAUUUCCAGUGUCCAAAGAAAUCAUUUCACAGCUUAGGAGAUCUGCUUGCCACUUAGACUUCAAAAGACUAAUAAUAACUGUAAAUAAGUGUUAAUUAAAAAAAUAAAAUAGAACUGAAGGACUCCAUAAUGAAGUAUAAAAAUGUACAAAAUGAUGUUUACUCUUAAUUGCUAAGGUAACUGUAUAAAUGACAAAUAUCAGUAUUGUCUUCUGUUGAAUGAUUUGCUUUAUUUUGAAGAUGCCCCCCCAAGAUGUAUCUUUUACUGUUCGGGGUCUUAUAGAUUUUCAAAUAAUUGUAUGAAGCUUAAAGAGAAGUGAAAAUAAAAUUAGU